GAUACUUCCAAGUUCUCGGCCGAUGUCGCCAAAUUGUUUGAACCAAGACCACCGUUAAGAUAUGUGGAACAAAUAGACACACCUCCAUCAGAUCGUCAAACUGCUCAUAUCUCUGGGAUAGGGUCAUUCUUGGAUAAGUUGAAAGAAUAUAAACAGGUAGAGUUCCCGAAAGAGGAGUUUAUAGAGACACCACAGUUAAAAGAACAAAGGUUGAAAAGAGAGAAACAAUUACUAAAUAAGAAAAAAUUGGAUGAAGAUUUUGCUAAUUGGGACCCUUCAACAGAUCCUCAUAUCAAAGGUGAUCCUUAUAAUACUUUAUUUGUCGGGAGAUUGGAUUAUGAAGUGACUGAAAUCGAUUUACAGAAAGAGUUUUCAAAAUAUGGACCAAUUGAAAGAGUGCGUGUCGUCAGGGAUAAAGAAACAGGAAAAUCAAAAGGCUAUGCAUUUAUAGUGUAUGAAAGAGAAAGUGGAACAAGAGCUGCGUAUAAGGAAGCUAAUGGAUUGAAAAUCAAAGGUCGUUCGAUUUUAACUGAUGUUGAAAGAAGUCGUACAUCUAAAAGUUGGGUUCCAAGAAGAUUGGGAGGUGGACUUGGAGGUCGUGGAUACACUCAA